GGUGGUUCCAAGAGCACGCCAGAGUGCUCAGAGCAGGCGACGGGACAGGACGGGACAGAGCAGUGCCGUGAGGAGCCCCCUCACAGCUCACUUGUUCGUGUCCGACCCGCAGCUUUUCUGAGGCGUUGUUCCUGCAGCUGACCUCGAGGCCACACCACAGCACUUGGUGACCCGUGGCCUUCCCGAGGCUUCUGUUCUGCAGUGACUGACAUGGAGAAGAGACCCCCGAGAGUGCCCAAGCUGGCCUGGGUGGAGGAGGAGGAAGAAGGCCCUGGAGCUGCACCAGCACAGGAGACCGAAAAGGUGGUGCCGUUCCAUCCACCGCAGGAGGGUGCAGCCCUCGACUGCACACAAGAGCAGGAAUCCACCCGUGGCCGCUUCUGCAGAGCAGCGCAGCUCGUUUGCAAAUUCAUCAAGAGCAUUCGGCAGGAAGAGACCAUCUCCAGGGGCACUGGGCUCAGAGAUUACUCAGAGGUCCUCAAACAUGAGACCAGUGCUGCCCUGCUGGAUUUGCUUGUGGAGAGGGGUGUUUUCAGACCAGAGCAAGUGCCUGCCAUGGUGAGAUACAUCCACCAGUGGCUCACGGCCAAUGAUUCUGCUGAGCACAGGCUGGACAACACCCUGCUGCAUCUAACCAAAGUGCAGCCAAAUGACGCAGUAAUGACACUCCUGCGUGUGGCCCCAUCCUGUGACAGGUAUGGGGCCCACCUGCCCAGAGGGCUCAGGGCUCCCCCCAGCCCAUCGCCCUGUACAGCCUGUCCCAGGUGUCUGACCAACAGAGAGUUCCAGGGCCCUCUGGCUGCUCCCUUUCCCAGCCCUGGCAUGUCAGCCCCCCAAGCCUGCUGCCAUGCUCCCUCGCUGCCCCUCAGGGGCCAUGCCCAGGCCAGGGUGCUGUGCCUGAGACCCCCUGAGACAGAGCUCUAA